UUCACCUGGUCUGAGCGAUUGCUCAGUCUAAGAUUCUGAGAGGAAUACCACCAAUGCAGGACGACCCAGGAUAUACCGCUGAAUAGAGCAUCAUAGUGUAUGUCAUGCUAUAAAGCAUCAUACUGUAUGUCAUGCUAUAUGGAUAUUUAGGAUUCUCAUAUUGGAGGAUUUCCGGUGCACCACAAUAGACAUUUAAAUGGUCAUCAGACGCUGUGAUUUCUGCGAGAACGACGAGAAAACUGUGUUGACGUGAAGGCCACAGCGCAAUGAUGAUUUUAAAGAUGGCCGCCAGCGGGACCAAACGACAAAGCGUCGCAAGACAGAAAACGUCAAAAAUCGACGGGAUGGGAUGAUAAUAGAGAUUCCGACGAAACAAAAAUCAAAAAAGGAUUUUCAAAUCAUUUUCUCUUUCUUAGAUUAUAGCAUUUUGGAUUAUUAUAUCGCAAUGUUAGCAGGAAAACUUGGAUUAAGCUGUGACAGCCUGUGAGUGUGUGUGUCGUUUUUCUCCGGUUUUAUCACAAACCGUGUGUUCUUUAGGAUAUAUUCAAAUUUGCGGAUACAUCUGUAGUGUUCCCGCUACAACCGCAACAAAGCACAAUCAUGUUUAAUGACCAGAAUGUGAUGACGGACGCCGAGAACCGGGUCAUACUAAACGUCGGCGGGAUACGUCACGAGACGUACAAGGCAACUCUCAAAAAGAUUCCCGCCACAAGACUGUCACGUCUGACGGAGGCUUUAGCCAAUUAUGACCCCGUUCUAAACGAGUACUUCUUUGACCGUCACCCCGGUGUAUUUGCUCAAAUUCUCAAUUAUUAUCGGACUGGGAAGUUACACUACCCUACCGAUGUAUGCGGUCCCCUGUUCGAGGAGGAACUGGAGUUCUGGGGCCUUGAUUCCAACCAAGUUGAGCCAUGUUGCUGGAUGACGUACACCACGCACAGAGACACCCAAGAGACACUGGCGAUACUGGACAGGUUAGACUUAGAUACGGACAAGCCUUCAGAUGAGGAUAUUAUGAAAAAGUUCGGCUUAGAGGAACAAUAUUUGUCAGGAGACCUCACAUGUUGGCAGAAAGUCAAACCGAAAAUAUGGGCCCUUUUUGACGAACCCUAUUCCUCAACUUGUGCAAAGGUUAUAGCCGUUGUGUCAGUAUUCUUCAUCGUGGUGUCCAUCUUAUCUUUCUGCCUCAAGACACAUCCGGACAUGCGCGUCCCUGUUAUCAGAAAUAUCACAGUAGAUAUAGGAGAUGGAAAUCAUUCUUGGACAUUUGACAAAAAGAAAACGGAACCCCAUCAAGCGUUCUUCUUCAUAGAGUGCGCCUGCAAUGCGUGGUUUACCUUCGAAAUUAUCAUCCGAUUCAUAGUAACGCCAAGUAAAGUUGAAUUCAUAAAGGCUCCAGUGAAUAUUAUAGACUUUGUUGCCACUUUAUCCUUCUAUUUAGAUUUCCUACUGACGAGCUUAAAAAAGGAGAACGACAUUUUAGAAUUUUUUAGCAUAAUUCGAAUCAUGCGACUGUUUAAAUUGACACGUCAUUCAGCAGGUCUAAAAAUAUUAAUCCACACAUUCAAAGCGAGUGCGCGGGAAUUAUCACUUCUCAUAUUUUUUCUUAUUCUCGGUAUAGUUGUAUUUGCCGCCUUAAUAUUCUACGCAGAGCGUACGCAGUAUAACCCGGAAAAUGAUUUCAAUAGUAUUCCAGUGGGGCUGUGGUGGGCGAUAGUGACGAUGACCACGGUGGGCUACGGAGAUAUGACGCCGAAAACCUACGUGGGGAUGUUCGUGGGGGCGCUCUGUGCAUUACUAGGAGUACUAACUAUUGCCUUACCCGUUCCUGUUAUUGUUUCGAACUUUGCAAUGUUCUACUCUCAUACUCAAGCAAGAUCGAAGCUUCCUAAAAAGAGACGACGAGUGUUACCUGUCGAGGCCGUCAGGCCUAAGAAUCCCCCAAUACGGAGUAACAUGGGCAACCCCGGACAGAAUCGUCGUAUGAACGCUAUUAAACAUAACCACCCAGGAGCUCUAGAUAGUAAACUCAAUCGAAUAGGCUUUAAACGUAAUAGCGCCCAAGGAGGGGCAAUACAGGAAAUGAUACCCUUCCGUAGUUUGGCCAGAGUAGAGAGAGGAAAUGGUGAGGAAACAAUUCCAAUGCUGAUGUUGAACCACUCUGAUAAAGAAGACUCCCUAUCCCGGAGUAGGCCACAAAGCAAUCUAGAUAAAUCCCCACCUCGUCUAGUGGAGAUAGGCCCUAAUGCAGAUGGGCAGACGACAAAUACUACACUUUCCUCCCUUAAUGCUGCUCCAACUAUUAGCCUAACCACUACAAAUGCCGUUUCAAAUCCACAAGCAGGUCUGAAUGGUAAAGACAGUUCCUCCGACACUGGAAGGAGGUCCAGUGCAGCCCACGGAUCUCCCACAGCAACUCGCAGACUGACGUCACCAAAGAUUUCCCCGACCGGUGGAAGGACAAACGCUCUGGUGGCGGUCAACACGUAACGAUUGGUGGACGUAGGACCACGUUACCAUGCAUGUCUUUUGAAUUUGAUGACAUUAAAAAGCUAAUUGCAGGGAACGUUAUGUCAAAAUCGUGGUAAAUUGUGAUAUUUCGGGAAAAUUCGAAGAGGAUUAUUUCAGAGAUUGUAAAUUAUAAGCUGGUGAUGGGAUGAGUAGUUCGCGUUCAAUAUGGUCGUUGCAAUACGCCCGCUGGUGGCCGUGUGUGAAAUCAUGCGGAAUUUCCACCAGAGGAAGAGAGUGUCCCAGCGUAUAAUUGACAGAUGUGAACAGCACAAAGGUCAGGGUUCAAGAACAGUGGAGGGGCCAAAAUACUCAACUGAAAUCAUUUUAUGCAUUUAGAAAUUUGAUGAACAAACUCCAGGUGAAUGGGGUAUUAGAAAGUGACGUCAACAGCGCAUGGGCAAUGCCUCUGCUUCUUCGGUGGUGUCGAUAACAUCAGCCCAUAUUCUUGUGGGGAUAGGAAUUUUUCACCCGUCUUUCAACCAUGAUAUUCAUGAUCACAAAUGAGUGUGAUAUUUAACAAAAAGCUGACUAUACAUGUAAGUGUAAAAAUCCCUCGAGAUCUCGGUCCUGUUCUCGUCUCUGCGAGAACAAACGUGACGUCACAGUAUUUUUUCCUGAUGAAAUCAUGUUGUUAAAACAGGGUCUUAAACUUUGAACGAGGAAAAAAAGUGCGCAUUGUUUGCACAAAUCCUGCUCUAUUAUAACUGGUCAUCUGCGCAAUUAGGAAGCAUUGCUCGUUAAAAUCUGAGUCUCGCUCUUUAUGGGGAAGCCUUUCCUUUAUGUCUCAAGUCUCAAAUAGUAAAUUUAAACGGGUACUUAGAAACCACAACGCAUGCGCGAGGAAAUUGACCUGACGAUGUGCGGUUGAAAUUCAAAACCGGACGUGACGCAAUGUGUGUGGAUAACACAUGCGCACGAGUUCUUUAUACCUCCGGAGAGCUGACUAAAAAUGUAAAUAGACUUUGUUAUCUUUUCUUAUCAGGAUUUGGGUUAUAAUGUGCGCAUGCGUGCGUCGCACUAUACCCCGGUGUACAUGUCUAUUGUUAAAGAGUACUAAGUAUAUGAAUACGAUUUUGUAACAUUCAGCUCCAUCUGUACAGCGCAACGACUGCACUUCUGUUUACAGUUACGUUUAACUUAUUUUUCACACAACCAUUUGAACAUAGUCUCAUUCUCUUCACUGCCCAUUCAUUCAAACGAAUUUUACUGUUUUCCUUUUUCUUUUUUGCGGUGCAUUCUUGUACCGGAUGAUCUUAGUGUUACUAUGACAACUAUAUAAACAGUUUUAGGCAUCACCACGUUUACUCACAUGAACCACAUCGCUCAGUGUCAUUUUAGUAAUAUCAACAAUAAUUGAUAUCAAAUACAUGUACCGUAUGACCAAUGGAACUAAACGUAUGUUUUUUGCUAAUUUGGGGAAAAGAAAAUAUGAUAAGUCCAGACACAUCUUGUCGACAAUCUUUUAUAGUAGUAAAAUAUUCUGACCUUGACCUUGGUCUUGAAGGUCAUGUUACUGGUUCGAAUGUCAUCACAACCAUUUUAAAACUCCAAGGUUGCUGUUCUUUCAUUCUUCACGUACACAAUAGGUCAUGACGAAACUCGCACUUCAGUAAAAUUCAGUUUCAUGGAUGAAUGGAACGUGUUGCUAUAAACCAAAAAAUAUCAGCGAAAAAAUGUUGUUACAUUAUCCAACGUUGCGAAAUCAGUUACCCAUACUGUCACACCGAGCAUGCGUUAUUGUGAAUUCUGGACAGGAGAGCCACUUCCGGUAGACGCGUUGUCUCACGAAUGUCACAAUAUCUUUGUUGAUAUCUUGAAAAUGUUUAACAUAAUGUAAAUAACUCGUCCUUGGUUGGUUGCCCACCAGCAAUUUUUUAGCUUACAAAUACAAGCCCUCGUGUAACAUCAAGGAUACGAAAUAAGAAUUGGAAUAAAUUAGAAAAGGGGAAUAAGCUAAAACGGCAUAUUUAUCAAAAAAUGUUACCCAGCCUUUCUUUUUCAAUCGGUCUUUUUUUGGACGGGGAGUUGAAAACAAUGCAGAAUCACGCUGCAAAUUCAGAGGAAUUCUCAAAAGAUAUUUAGGGUAUUUGUAAUCUAAAGAAUUAAAGAUGGCGGCCAGAGUGUUACACAAAAUGUGAUCUGAACAUGCGCACUUGCUGUGAUAUUCUGCUUCUAAAUAUAGAAUCGGCGCUAAGGCAUAAAGUGUGUCAGGCCUCGCCAUGGAAACAGAGGGUGUCGCCAUGGUUACCGUUUCAGCUACAUUCGGAAUUCCUCGUCACUUCCGGUUAUUGGCGAGGUUUUCCAGAUAGUUUCCUCGGAAACGCUUAAGUUCACAUCACGUCCAUUUCAUGUUCAACAUGUUUCUCAGCGUUUAAUAAACGACAGCUGUCGUGCAGAAAUUCAGAACACCAGCUUGAUUUAAGCACUGUCACUCACAAGAAUCAAAGUAUAAUUGCAAAAUUUUCGAUGUCAUUCUCACUGUACUUAGCUCCCUCUUACGGCGUUACGCGAUCAUAAUUCACUUCCGGGUGUAAAUAGUUCCCCUCGCGAUUCUCAAACGGGCAUUUAAAGACGUAGCUGCUAUUUGUUCAAUGUAGAUUAAAUUUGAGUUUCAAUUUACUGCCGGUAGGUGGACAUGACACGUGACGCAGGUCCAGGGUGAUGGUUGCUUUCUUAUUGGUCUAGAUACUGGCGUUGCAUUAUCAAGUGUCUUAUGCCACAUCAUAUGCAAAAGUGAUUGGUCAUAUUUAUGUAAUUCUGUUCAGUCAAGUUGUCAAAUUAUCCGAAAUCGUUACAACGAACCCAUCGCAUCGUUUAACCAAUCAAAUUGCGGAGUUCGUUUCAUCAAACUUAAACCUAACUAGUUGUAGUGAGUGGUAGUUUCUAGAAUUAGCGUCUGACCUAUGUGACUUCAACUUCUUAAUACAUUAAUGUACAAUGUAUACAUAAUACAUGCAAAAAAUGAGACCCCGAAAUUUGAGCAAGGGAUAGGUAUGGCAUGUGGUCACAAUAAAGAUUAUACCACGGGACAGAAAUUUAAGAAAAAAAACCUUUUCGUCGAUUUGUCGCUAUCAGAAGGAGCAUAGGUCAGACCCGUGACACGUGACAUUCUUAUGCACUUCGCGUGAUUUAUUUCAGUUUGGGUACAGUUUCGUUUUAGGAACUCCAAAGAGAACUCGUCUUUUCCAUGGUUACGAGACGGGGAUCAGAGAGAGACUACAGCCGCCGAUUCACAUUAUAGAACUGGUCACAUGACAUCAGCAUUAUUUCAUCAUGGUGGUUUUUUCGGCUCUCUUUCUUGCUAUUUUCAUCUACGCAUGUGCAUUCUUCUGUUACUUUUCUGUGUUGACAUCAAAACUGUUCAUCAGUGUAAGUGUGACUGAAGCCACAACUUCCGACAUUCUAUUUCUGUUCUUUGCUGCUGCCAGCGUUUUAAAUAAUGACCCCUUUCUACAUUGUAUUCAAGGCACCAUAUUUUCACGUUACAACGCGAUUACUGCGCAUGUGCGCUCCUUGCAUCUGUAGAAUCUCACACUAUAUGAAUACGUCGGUUUGAAAACGGAAAUAAAGCUUCGUUCGCGUUGAAAGCGCAAAAAAUAAGACGAAUCAAAUUUUUACCUUCUGACUGUGGAUAUUUCAUAAAUCUGUAGCUUUAUUGUCACAUGUUCUUCAGUCAUGUAGGUGCUCACCCUAAAUCGAUCAAAACAACGUUUUAUCAUGACCUUGAGCCGAUCUUGCAUCGCUCAAAUCUGACGCCGCGAAGGAAUUAGAGGAGAGGUCUGUUUUUUCUUCCGGGGCGCGUGAACAAGGUUGGCGGUCAUUUCCAGGGGCCAUUUUGAAAAUGUAAAUUUCAUCAUCAUUCUUCCUGCUACUUUUUAUCAGGAUAUCAUGCCUUUUCACUAUGUAUUUCAUCACGCGUGAGGGUCUUUUCAUUGUACCGGCGAAGGCCCGAGUGUACUUAAAUUUGAGAAUGACUGCCCGCUCUACUGAGAGGUCCGAAGCCAGCGCAGAUUUCACAAAACCUGACGACGACAGCAACAUCGUGUGCUGCGAAAGUGCGGACUCCGACGUAUUGUAUUUGGUCAAUGAAUAUUCGAAUGAAUGUGGAUAAUGAUUAUGAGAAUAUUUCUGAUACUUAGACUCGCGUGUGUCUAUUAUAUUCAUCCAUCGGUUAUAGACCAUGGAUGGUCGUUUUUCAAAGUCUGAUUGUUGUCUCGCGUGCGCGUGAAAAUACGAGAAUGCUCGAAUAAAUGUAUUUAUUGAAUAAUUGAGAUGUGUAAUUUAUCAAGUUAUCAUGAAUAUUCAUGACUUAUAUUGAUAAUCAUGUAAAUAAUGUUGUACAGCUAUUCUAUGUUCAAUCAUCUGUGAUCGGGGCCUUUUAAAAUGACACAUUGUAACUUGGUCCAGACGGAUCUCGCGCUUGGCUCCUUGGGAUUAAAUACCGCAUGGCUGCAGCAAUAAUUUGCAUACCUGAUCACGUGACCAAGCAGGCACGUCUGCCUGGUAAAAAAACCGACUUCAACUCCUUCACGGCGACAUCCAUGCACACCUCCACGUUUGUUCCAAUGAUGUAUAAAUCGUGUAAAUAGCCGAAAAAUUUUUGAGAAAAACUAAUAUUUUAGCAUAUUUAUCCCUGGAGUAUGGCGGGCGGGCGUGAACGCGUCAAUUUAUAUUUAUGCGAAUAAUAUUUCAGCAUGACGGGAGAUAUUGCAAAUCCCAUGACAUUCGAAAAACUCGGACAGUAUUUGUCUGAGUGAUCAUGAAUCCUUAGUUAAAGAGGGGGGCUCUCGCAAAAUAAUACUUUUUGUUUUUAAACGUUUUACGAUCGUGAUCUUCUUCAAGUGCCUUUCAAUUGUAGCUUUUUUCUUCAUGUCAAAAAACUUAAAUUUUUGUCGAAUUAGUAGUCUUAUUCGAAAACGAUGAUCAAUUCUCUGAUCAGGAGAGUACUAGCGACCAUUUUCUUUAUAGCGCGGACACAGUGCGUCGUCCUUGGCCAGAAUGAGGCUGGGAUGUGUAACAUUGCUGGGACAUACACAGACCGCAUUUCAAAUUCAAAUUCAACUUUUGGAUUUUAUUAUCGCCAUGGCAAGCGGCACGUGAUCGUCCACAAUUUCAAAUUCAAAUUCAGUCUGUUUUAACACGAUCACUCCGAUAUCAUAACGACCAGUGUCCAGUGUGUCCAUUUCCGGUUGUGCCCACUCCAGCGCCACCUUUAUUGUGAAAUCUAAUUUGUUUUUAGACGCCACCUCGCCACACUCUUGGGGUACAGCAAUGUCGUGUGAAUUUUCAACUCUGUAGAGACUUGGUUUAUGCUUGAUAUAGGGCAUUAUGCGCCUAAGGUAAAACGCUAACACUUGGCGGUCGGUUUAUGACGUCACUGGUGACGUCAUAUCUUAACUAUCCGAAGCUUUUGAAAAACGUAAAAAGGUAAAUACUAUAUAGAAUGACAUGCAAGUGAAUAUGUUCUGAUAAAACAUGUGAUCGAUCUCUGGAAAUGUCACUAUAUAUAACUGCUGGUUUAAAUGGCAACCGGUGACGUCACAGGCAGAUCACCUUUCUCAAAUAGAUGCAGAUCCACUGUCAAGUAAACAAAAAGGUUGUGAAGUGUAUAAAAAGCGAAUCAAAGAGAGUAAACCGACGGAACGAACCGCAAUCAAGUUACUGCAAGUCAUUUAGCAGUGGACUAGUUCUCCGUCCUACCGUUGGAAGCGCUGAUAUUGGUACGGCGUCGCCAAGCGGUGAACAAAAGAACCAGUCCGAUUUAGCUGUAGGUUAGUUUGAAGUCCUACCGUUAAUGGCGCUGAUAUUGGUACAGCCUCAUCGCGCGGUGAACUAAAGAACUAGCUCAUAUAGCCGUAGAUUAGUUCCGAGUCCUACCAUUGGUGUCGCUGAUAUUGCUACAGCGGCGCCUAGUGGUUAACAAAGGAACUGAUCUUAAUUAGCAGCCUUUAUACGUAUAACUGUAUACUUUAUAUACUUUUUUCUGGACUUGUUUAGAUCGACCAUUUUAGACCAAACUAUUUCACUUAAUUUAAAUGUGAGUGUAUUGAGGAGGUCUCUAUUUUUCAUCAAUGUGUAAUUUGGAUCUCCAUGUCAAGACUCUAUAGACGCCAAUAAACAUUGGUAUUACCAAAACGACA